AUGCCGUUGCUAUUGCUCACCGCGCUGUCCAUUGCCAAUGUGCUUUUUGCCGUGGGAGUUGUUUGCAUGCCCCUAUCGGACCACGGGCCCCACAUCGCCCACGGCUGGGGCCAAGUGGUCCGACUCAGGCAUCUGUACGCCGCUCGGCCCGGUCUGCACCUACUGAUAAGUGGAGAUGGACAGAUCCACGGCUCUGCAGACCAAACCCUGUACAGCUUGCUGGAGAUCCGGCCAGUGGAUCCGGGCUAUGUCGUCAUCAGAGGAGUAGCAACCGCACGGUUUCUCUGCAUUGAAGGCGAUGGGAAACUGUACUCAUCGCACACCUACACCAAAGAUGACUGCACCUUCAAAGAACAGAUCCUGCCGGACGGCUACAACAUCUACAUCUCUGAUAAACACGGAGCCCUGCUCAGUCUGGGAAACCACCGGCAGAGGCUCCAGGGCCGAGACAGGGGCCUCCCGGCUCUGUCCCAGUUCCUCCCCAGGAUCAGCACCCUGGAUCCAGGCUUAUUUGGUGGUCUGGAUGCCCUGGACCCGCUGGAGCAGAGCGCAGUACAAACACAACAUCAAUACACUGUGGACACUAUGGACUCCUUUGGAAAGCUAUCCCAGAUCAUCCACAGUCCCAGCUUCAACAAGAGAUGAGGCAAUAGCAGCGUUGAGACACUGAAUCGAUGUGUCCUGAUUUGUCCUGGUUUGUCUGGGGCCUGCAGCCAUGUGCUUCUC